AACGUCUAAUUGUACAAGCAAACGUGAUGACAUCAGAUUAACGUAAAUAAGCUAUGUUUAUAGAAUACGUAACUAAAUUACUGACUCUUUCGAAAACCGCUACUGCUGGACACUACUGAUCCAGUAGCAGACAAGGACACUUUUCCACCCGUUUGUUAAUUUUGCCUCUUCUAUCAAUGUGUGAUAACAGUUGAUAACGCUCCAACAAACCCCAAGAACAGUGCUUAGCGGGUGUGGGAGAAAAGCGGGCAGCUAAGUAUUUUUGUUUCUUUUUAUCAACUAGUAGGAUCCGGUUGUUCGACUUUGCCUUGGCUCGAACUCGGAGACUCUCGCGCUCGCCCGCACGUGAAGUACGUACGUAAACACCAUGGCUGUUUCUCGGAUCACCGUCGAACUUUUCUACGAUGUCGUCUCGCCUUACUCCUACCUCGCGUUCGAAACCUUAAUGCGCUACAGGGCACCGUGGAACCUGGACUUGAAGCUCAAGCCUUUCUUCCUGGGCGGCGUCAUGAAGGAAUCGAACAACAAACCGCCGGCGUUCGUCCCGAACAAGGGCACCUACAUGUUGAAGGACAUGCGACGGCUGUCCGACUACUUCGGUGUGCCGAUCAAGACGCCCGACUUCUUCCUCGAGUUCAUAACGACCAAGUCGACGAUCAAACCGCAACGCUUUCUCGUAGCGCUCGACAUGAAGUACCCGCAGCACCUCGAGGAGGCGUCGCGAGGAUUCUGGAAGCGCUUCUUCCAGGACAACAAGGACAUCGCCGAGGAAGAGAGCGUCGCGGAGGUCGGUCGCGCCGCGGGCAUGAACGACAACGCGCUUAAGGACGCGCUCGCCAUGAUCAAGGAGGACAAAGUCAAGAAGGUGCUCGUGGAGAACACGAAACAGGCAGUCGACGAGUACGGCGCCUUCGGCGCGCCCACCAUCGUGGCGCACGUCGCGGGCAAGCCCGAGGUGUUUUUCGGCAGCGACAGGUUCGAAGUGAUGGCCCACGUCAUGGGAAAGAAGUGGCUCGGUCCGAAACCGGCCGAAGCCGCUAAGCUGUGAUACGCGUGAACAGCCAACUGGUUUCAGUAGUUUUCAGGUAGUGAAGGAACGUUUGGGCCAGUCGGGCGUUCUGCGCAUGCUCAGUGCCUACCAGUAGCGAGCAUGCGCACAGAGUUGCACGCAAACUUUGUGUGCACCUGUUCAAUGACCUGUUAUGCUGGUGUCACACGGCCGCUUUCGAUCGUGAUCUUGCUUGAUCCGAAUGCAGACAAUCGCAAUCCAUAGGCUCCCGACAAUG